AUGAAUCCGACCGUCAGCGACUACACGAAGAGAACAGCGCGCAAGACGCACAAGAAAUCUCGCUUGGGAUGCGUAAACUGCAAGAAACGGAAAAUAAAGUGUGACGAGGGGAAACCCUCAUGCGUCAACUGUACCCGACAUUGUAUCAGCUGCGAUUACACUCAUACACAGCGAGGUAGCUCGAAUUCGACGCCAGAUGUAGAAAAAGACACAGGUGCACCGGACGCGCGAGAUAGUUUGACUUUCAUAUCAUCCUCUCAAUCAAACUUUACUGCUCCAAAGCGGGCACACAAAACGCGUGGCGAUGUUACAGGACCUACGUGUACUAGCACUCAAUCGCCUGAGACAACUACUCUUGCAAACAAACCAUUCCAGUUUACGGCAACGGACCUCGCAUUAUUCCACCAUUUCAUGAGCUGCCCCGAGCUCGGGGCCGAGCAACCGCAGUGGCAGACCCAGAUGACCCGAUGGGGCUUCCAACAUCACUUCUUGCUCCGGCUCUUGCUUGCUAUGUCGGGGUUUCACCUAGCACAAGACCCUACUGCACUCUCGCAUCUGCAGCAGGUCACCGGUGAUCAUAUUGACUACGCCGUCGAGGCAGAGGCUCACUACGACGUUGCGGUCCGGGAGGCUGCAUCCGCUGUGCCGCAUAUUACUGGUUGUAAUGGACAGGUCCUCUACACAUCCGCUGUGUUUAUAUUCAUCUGCUCUCUGGCGAGGGGGCCCCAGCCGGGCGAGUACCUCGGGUUUCGGGACGAUGGAGCCCCAGGUUGUCUUGCGCUAUUUAUGGGCGUUCGGUCGAUCCUGGAACUGUGCAGUAAUGACCUGGCUGUGAAUGUUUCGACGUCUCAUAUACAGAGUGAUGUGCAAUAUCCUAGCUCGGAACGUGGGCAGAAUGGACAUCAUCCAACCGCGGCGGCCGAAUUGUCGACUUCUACUGAACAGGACUAUCUGAACAACUUGCGCUUUCUUUUGGACAGUACAUACCCUACUGACCAGCGCGCCCAUCUGGAAUAUACCGCCGUCCUUGACAGACUUCAACAGACAUACACGCUUGUUCAUCCACCGCCAGACUCACCGCUGGAACGGAUAGGUCUAUUCCCGCAUAUAUUCGGCUGGCUGUACACACUGCCUGACAUAUUCCUUUCGGAUAUGCAGCAGCAGAAACAGCUCGCGCUGACUUUCUUUUCCUUCUUUGUUGUACUGUUGAAGGAUGUUGACGCGGCUUGGUUUAUCCGUGGGUGGCCAGAGCAUAUCAUGCACAGGAUACUGCACGGUCUUGAUGCUUAUCAUAGACAGUUUGCUGCUUGGAGAGGGGAUUUGGCUCAAUUUCCACCGUAG